AUGGGCCGCCGCCGCCGCCGCCGCCGUGAGCAGCUCCUGCCUAGUGGGCGGGGGCGGCGCGACCCUCCAGCCGCUGGCGACGGGACGGGCGGCCCCACCCCGACAUGUGACCGUGGACUGCAGGACCAAGUGAGUGGGGUCCGGAGGGUGGGGGGUACGGCCCGACCCCCCAAACCCCGGGCCGGCGGCGGGACAGCGCUAGGCCGCAAAGCCUGGCCGGCCCCACGUCCCCGGCCCCGCGGGGUCUCAAUAGCAGCAGCCCGGCCGCGGCCACCGCCGGCGUCGCCGCCAUUAGACAAGAGCCGCGGCGGCCGAGCGCGCGGGGAGGGGGCGCGGGGAGGGGGCGGGGCCGGGCGCGGGGAGGGGCGCGGGGAGGGGCGCGGGGAGCGGGCGAGGCCGGGCGCGGGGAGGGGCGCGGGGAGCGGGCGAGGCCGGGCGCGGGAGGCGGCGGCGGCCCCGGGAGCUGCCGAUCGGCGCCGGGACGAAGGCGCGGCCGCCCGGCGCCCGGAGCAGCCCGAGCCGGGGCGCACAGCCGGGGCACAGCCCGCGCCCCCCGCCGCGACUGACGUGCUGUUUCCACAAAGCAGGCAUUCGGGCUCGUCGCACCUACCUCCGCAACUGAAAUUCACCACCUCCGACUCCUGCGACCGCAUCAAAGAUGAAUUUCAUCUGCUGCAGGCUCAGCAUCACAGCCUGAAGCUCCAAUGCGACAAGCUGGCCAGCCAGAAGUCGGAGAUGCAGCGUCACUAUGUGAUGUACUGUGAGAUGUCCUACGGCCUAAACAUGGUGAUGCACAAGCAGGCUGAAAUCGUCAAGAGGCUGAAUGGGAUUUGUGCCCAGGUCCCGCCCUUCCUCUCCCAAGAGCACCAGCAGCAGGUCUUGGGAGCCGUCGAGAGAACUAAGCAGGUCACUGCUCCUGAGCUGAACUCCAUCAUCCGAUAGCAGCUCCGAGCCCACCAGUUGUCCCAGCUUCAGGCUCUGGCCCUGCCACUGACCCCCCUGCCCGUGGGGCUGCAGCCCCCUUCGCUGCCGGCGGUCAGUGCGGGCACCGGCCUCCUCUCGCUGUCAGUGCUGGGCUCCCAGGCCCACCUCUCCAAGGAAGACAAGAACAGACACGACGGUGAUGCCCACCAGGAGGAUGACAGCAAGAAGUCGGAUUAGCAGGUUGUGAUGUGAAUACUCUCAAGAAGUUACCAGAAUAAAGUAGUGUCCACUAUUCCUCAAAACUCUCUGGUGGCUAAUACCUUUGAGAUUUCAGUUGUCUUUUAUGUUGAAUCAUAGAGUUUUCAUAUGGCAAUAUUAACAUUUAUGAGCUCUGGUAAGUUACUUCUUUGAGUGGUAAACUGUAUUCUAUUUCGAGGCUGUAUUUUUUUUUGAUAGUGUGCUUUAUUCAGACAUCUCAAAAAUGUUAAAUUUCUGUGAUGUACAUAUGUAUCAAUUAUGA